AGGUAAGAAAAAAAACAGUUCUUCCCGUCCUGACGGCCGACAACCCAGCGACUCAGCCGCCGCAUCCCUGCCGCGGCGCUGCCUCGCCGGCUCGCCGCCUUCGCCGGUCGCCGGUCGCCACGCAGGAGGACCCAUCCUCUCCUUCCUGCCCGCUUGACCCUCGGCGGCCGCGGCGCCCCUCUGCGAGCUGCGACCCUACCCUGUCCACGGUCGCCUGGCGCCCCUGCCAAGCCGGCGGCGGCCGCCUGGUCACCAGUCCGGCACUCGGCCAGCAGCAAGUCGGCAAAUCUGCCCCAAUUAGCCUGAUUUAAGACAUGGCAGCUACAAAGCCGGGGGCGACCGCCAUGGUGCAGCAUCCGGAGGGUUCGAAGGAGGAGGGGGAGGAGCAUCGGAUGCGGGCGGCGCUGCGCCACCUGCAGGCGGAGGCCGGAGUGCUCGAGCGCCUCGUCUACAAGCACCGGAACCAGCACCGCGGUGCCGCCUACUUCCAGUACCUCAUCAAGGUGCGGAGGGAUCUGAAGCUGCUGCUCAGUGCCAAUCUCGCGGAGGUGAUCAACGCGGUGUUCCCUGUCAUCACUUAUCGUAAGCCGGCCAACACUAUUCUUGUUCCGAACAGGCAGGGUAAGAGGAAGCCUGGUGCAAAUCAUAGCCACUAUAAGAGACUUUUGGGGAUUGCCCGUUUGCUGUCCCAGAUGGCUGAACCUGUUAUGAAGGGAGCAGUUCAGAUCAGCUUUUUACUUGCUAGAUCUUUUUUCAUUGAACUUUGCACUGCUGUGCUUGCUUUGCUUGCACGAGUGAGAGUCCUGACCCAACAGAUGUUACUUGAUGUUGUAUCAGUCUACAACAAGGUUACUGAUCUUACAGAUAAAAAGCAGGCUGUUAAGAUCAGUAUUGAUAAAGUGCAGGCUUUCAGAGAGUACUACCCCUCGAGCAAUGAUCCCAGUACUAUCCUGGAGUGUGUAUGGGUGAUAGAUAAAUUUGUUUUGCAUGAAAAGAUCAAAGAUAGCAGUCAGAAAACCAGAGAUGAGGAUCUGAAGUCGUGCACCCCAGAUUCAUCAAUCCAGUAUGAGACCCUUGGACUUGUUAGUGAAGAGAUGGAAAACCCUGAUGGAGCAAACAUCCCAGCCAAACAACAGAAUGCUUCUCUGGCUGACCAAUCAGAUGAAGCCACCCAUUGCGGCGAUGCUGGAGAUCCUCACAGUGGGAGGCAAGCACCAAAAGAUCAAAAGACCCCAGGCUCUCUUAUUGGCACACCUGGUGCUGCGCCGGCUCCACACAGAGAUGUCAAGCCUGAUAUGAGGAAGAGAGUGGCAUUCAUCGCAGUGGGGAAAACAAAAGUCACCGUGACACCGCCUGAAACAUCAUCAUCCGUAGUUGCCAAGAAGCAAAGAGUGGACAUGAUUCCACAGAGCACCGCAGAUCCUGCGUUGUAACUCUGAAAGAACAAUAUGCACACCUUAGUAGAUGAUUUGUUGCAUUCUUACUACAUCUUGCUUCGUUACCAAGAGAUUGUUUCUUUUUCCACCAAGCACCAUGGUGACAUAUCAAGAUAAUCAAUGAGGUUUAGGCCAAGAA